CUCCACUUCUCUCCCUCUGGAUCGAGAAAAAUAAAUCUCCGAUCCAUUCUUAUCUCCAAUCACCGUAAACACCAAGGAUUAUUUGAUCUCUUUCUAAACUUAGGGUUUGUGAGUUUGAUUCGGAGAUUCAAAAGAGAAUCUGCCAAUGGAGCGUUGUUUGUUGCGUAUAGAAGAAGAAACGAGUUAGGGUGAGAUUUGAUUUGUGUAGAUGGUGACGAUAAAAAGCCCUUUGAGGAUAUUCAUAGAGGUUUCGAUGAAGGAAUUGAUUAGAGGUUUCAGGAGGCAAAGGAUCAGAUGGAGAAACGCGUUUCUUCUCGGUUCUAUAAUGACCACCAUUGUUAUUCUUCUUCACACACCCACGUUUUCUAUCUUCUCCGAUGAUGAAGAAACCGAGUCUUCUUAUUCUUCGCCUAUUUACUUGAACGGCUCUCUUCAUUUGAACAUCCAAAUUGUUAGUGAAGCAAAGGUUGAAAACUUUCCCUCUCUUACAACGUCUCCUGUAGUGAAAACGAAUUCUUCCUCCGAGUUCAAACGUGUAGAUGGAGAAACCAAUCUACCGAGGAAAAGACAGAAAAGGAAGGGAAGAAAGAAGACAAAAGACGAUCUCAUUCUCACCGAUCCUCCACCAGCACCACGACAUGUUCUUUCUUCCUUAGAGAGACGUGCUCUUUCAUUGCCACCAAAGGAAGCCUUAGCUUUUGCAAAGCUGGAGAUUCAGCGAGCACCUGAAGUCGAGAAUGACACGGAACUGUUUGCUCCAGUGUUUCGUAAUCUCUCUAUUUUCAAAAGGAGCUAUGAGCUUAUGGAACUUAUUUUAAAGGUCCACAUAUACCCCGACGGAGAGAAACCGAUAUUCCAUCAGCCGCAUUUGAAUGGUAUAUAUGCUUCAGAAGGUUGGUUCAUGAAGCUAAUGGAGUCAAACACACAGUUUGUAACAAAGAACCCUGAGAAGGCUCACUUAUUCUACAUGCCAUACAGUGUGAAACAGCUCCAACAUGCUAUCUUUGUUCCUGGAUCACAUAACAUUAAACCCUUAUCGAUCUUUAUAAGAGACUACGUCAACAUGCUCUCCAUCAAAUACCCUUUCUGGAACCGCACUCACGGAUCAGAUCACUUCCUCGUCGCUUGCCACGAUUGGGGUCCUUACACGGUGAACGAGCACCCGGAGCUAAGACAAAACACUAUUAAAGCUCUAUGUAACGCAGAUUUAUCAGAUGGAAUCUUCGUCCCCGGAAGAGACGUUUCUCUCCCGGAGACUUCAAUAAGAAACGCCGGGAGGCCGCUCCGUAACAUCGGAAACGGAAACAGAGUUUCCCAACGUCCGAUCCUCGCUUUCUUCGCUGGAAACCUCCACGGUCGUGUCCGUCCACAGCUUCUAAAACACUGGAGAAACAAAGACGGCGACAUGAAAAUAUACGGUCCGCUUCCGCACAACGUAGCUCGUAAAAUGACGUACGUGCAACACAUGAAGUCAAGCAAAUACUGUCUAUGUCCAAUGGGUUACGAAGUGAACAGUCCACGAAUCGUUGAGGCUAUAUACUACGAGUGCGUCCCCGUAAUUAUUGCUGAUAACUUCGUCUUGCCGUUCAGCGAAGUGCUUGAUUGGUCUGCGUUCUCGGUGGUUGUGCCAGAGAAGGAUAUUCCACGGCUUAAGGAAAUACUGUUGGAGAUUCCGAUGAGGAGAUAUCUGAAGAUGCAGAGCAACGUGAAGAUGGUUCAGAAACAUUUUUUGUGGAGUCCUAAACCUAGAAGAUACGAUGUGUUUCAUAUGAUACUUCACUCUAUUUGGUCUAACCUUCUCCAUCAGAACCAAACUUCUAAUCAUGUUCCCAGUUUCAGACAGCAUCCUUGAUUAUGUCUAUAUAUAUAUAUGAAAACAAAGUUGCACUGGUUG